AGUGCGCAGGCAGACGUUGAAGUGAGCGGUCGAGGAUGGUUGUCUACACAAGGAUAACUCCGGAGAUGAACGAGGGGGUGCUGCAGCACCUCCGGGAGAGCUUCUUUGCUGAUGAGCCCCUGAAUAAAGCCGUGGGGCUGUGUGAGCGUGGACAGCCACACGGUGCUUUGGAGAGACUCUGUUCUGCUACCAUGGCUGAUGGUCUAUCGGUAGCUGCUGUUGACGGAGAUACGGUUUUAGGAGUGGCCCUGAAUGGUAUCUUGUGACCCGGGGACAUCGAGAAAUCGAUCAGGAAAAUACAAAAAUCGACCGACGAGAAGUUUAACAAGAUAUUCACAAUCCUAUAUACCGUCAGCCAGGACCUGGACCUCUUCAACACGUACCAAGUGGACUGCCUGCUGGAGUGCCGGAUAAUCUCCGUCUCGGACAAGGCCAGGGGACGCGGCCUCGCAAGGGAACUGAUGAAGCGAAGCAUCGACAUCGCGAGGGAAAAUAACUUCAAGUUGUUCAAGGUGGAUGCAACUGGCGCGUUUUCUCAGCGCAUUUGCAGCAGUUUGGGCUUGCGAGUGUUACACAAAGUUCGCUACUCGGAGUAUUGCAAUGAAUCCGGAAAACCGGUGUUCAACGUGCUCCCACCGCACGAUUCUCUAUGCGUUAUGGUUUUGGAGAUACCAUAGACUAUAAAGUAUUAUUAAAAAACCGAUGCUUUUUUAAUUUGGCGAUUUUUUUUAUGGAGGCUUUAAUGAGCAAUGGGCAACAUAAAAAUACCUAACACCGACACAAACAUCAGUCGGACAGAAAUUGUAGAUAAAAGCCCAAGUUAAGGUCCCUAACCUUUAUAUAAUGAAUUAUUUGAAGAGUCUAUAUACAUUAUCUGAGUCAUAUUGAGAUACUGGAGCCCCAAAAAUCUUUACGAUCUCCCAAUUUAUAUGUAUGUUUUAAAUGCAUAUGAUUUAUGUAAUUGACGUCGAAUAAAUUACGUUGUUUUUUUGUUAAUUUAGCACAAAGUUUAUUACGCUUUUUUAUUUCUAAGAUUGUAUUUUUAUAGUAUUGUUCUAAAGUGUAUAACUUGUCUAUUUCUUAAAGUUUUUGUAGAUUAUUUACACUUUGUAGAACGUAGAUUGUCUGUCUAUCUACCUAUAUUUGAUGGAUCUAUAUUUCUAUGUGUUAAAUGUAUUCUUAUAUAAUAUACACAUUUCACAUUAUCUAUUGUUGUGUGGUAGAAGUAGUUAUCUUUGCGAAUUCAGCAGUGU